AUGGAUAUUAAUCUAAUGAAUAAUACACAAACAUCAAAUUUAUAUAUUAAUCCAAGAAUAAUUUGGUGUUUAUUAAUGCCAUUAAUACAUUUUUUAAGUUUAAUUUCUAAUAUAUUUUGUAUUAUUGUAUUUUGUUCAAAAACAUUUAUUCAUAAACCUAUAGCUAUUUAUUUUAUUUGUUUAUUAAUAAGUGAUUCAAUAACAUUAUUAAUUGGUUAUAGUGAAAUGAUUGAUCGUGAAUCUUAUAUGAUUGAUAAUUCAUCAUUAUUAUGUAUGUUUAAUGAAAAAAUAAUUCAUAGUUUAACAGAUUUUGUUUAUACAUUUAUGGGAAAAUUUUGUCUUGAAUGGAUGCUUUAUAAAGUUUUAUGGACACGAGCAUCAACAAUAUUACUUGCUAUAUUAAGUAUACAACGUUCACGAACAUUUUUUUCAUUAUCAUAUCGUGAAACACGUUUUUGUGCAAUAUGUGCAUGUAUAAGUAGUCUUAUUAUUGCUAUAUUAAUAACUUGUUUUGAAUGGAUUGGUAUACAAUGUUCAAAAUCAACUGAUUCAUAUAUUUAUAUGGAAAUAUUUCAAUUAAUAAUGAAUAAUAAAUCAUCAAAAAAAUUUUAUUUAAAAUUUUUAUCUGAUCAUUAUAAUGAAUUAAUUGAUAAAUAUUAUUGUAUUUUUCAAUCAUUAGAUAUUAAUCAAUUUAAUAAUACAAUAUCAAUAACAAAUCAGUUCAAUUGUUCAAUUACAAAAAUUUCAUCAGAAUUUUAUUCUUUAACACAAUCAUUACUUUUUAAUGAUGAUUUUCAUAUAUCUGAAAAUAUAACAAAUAUAUUAACAAAUAUUUCUAAUAAUAAUUUUAGUUUAACAAAUACUUCUAUAUUAAUUGAACAACUUCAAAAAACAAAAUCAUCAGAUAUAUUAGUAAAAUUAUUUGAAAAUCGUUCAUGUCAAAUAACAUUAAUGUAUAAAUUUUAUAUAAAAAUAUUUAAUUUUCUUCAUUCAUUAUCAUUUUCAUUUAAUCGACAUACAUUAGCAAUAUUUUUUGGUAAUGCAUUACCAUCAUUUAUUGUUUUAUUAGCAAAUUUAUUAUCAUUAAAAAUUAUUUAUUUUUCACCAAAUUUAAAAUAUUUAAAACGUAUAACAAAAAAAAAUCGUCAUAAAUAUCGUUUAAAAAAUGAUUUACGUGCAUUUCUUGUUAUACUAAUUGAAAGUUUUUCUGUUAUAACAAUAUCAUGGGGUAUACCUAUAUUUUUAACAAUGUAUUAUUGUCAAACAUUAUAUGUUGUUUCAAUACAAUCAUGUCCACAAAUAAAACAAUCAUUAGCAUUAUUUCUUUUUACUGAUUUAUUUAAUUCAUCAAAAAAUUCUUUAUUAUAUUCAUUAUCAGGAAAAUUAUUUCGACGAAAAUAUAUUUCAAUUAUUAAAAUUAUAUUUACAUGUGGUCGUAGUAAAUCAUGGAAUAUUAAAAAACAUUCAUUACUUCCACCAUCACAACAAAUGGAAUUACAAAUAUCAAAUGACGCAACAAUAAAUUAUAAUUAUAGUAUUCAUUCAAGACAUGAAAGUUGUCGACAUGGUGAACUUAUAUCAUCAGCACAAAUAAAAUAUUUACGAAAUUUAUCAAAAAAUAAAAAAAUCUUAGAUAAUGAUGCUUCAGUUUCUAUGCUUAAAACUGAAGAUGAACAAAAUGUUAAUGAUGAAAAUCAAGUAGAAUUUGGUAAAAAUAUUCAUCUUAUGGAUAAAUUUAAAAGACCACAAACAAUUAAAACAUUUUUUAUUGAUAAUAUACAUUGUUUUAGUUCACAAAAAACUAUUGAAAUAAGAAAUCAACAAAUUAAAUUAAAUACAAUUGAUAAAAAGAAGAUGAAGAAAAAAACUAAUAUAUCAUUUUUAUAA